GUCAAAUUCCUCUUUCUAGAAUCUCCAGCGACAACACCGUAAGCUUCUAGCGGUUUAAUAGUCUCAGGCCACUUUACACGGAGGCAUUAACAUGGUCAGACACGUUGUUGUCCCCACCAUGCUGGCUGCGGCGGUCAUGGCAUCAUCAUGUCUCGCCAGCCCAUGCUCACCAUCAUACCCUACCAAAACAACGUCACCAACAGGCAGUUCAUGCUCCACCAGGUCCGUCUGCGCCGACUACUUCAAAACCUGCACUGGGGCGGGGGGUACUUCGAUAGUGAUCCCUUACGGCGGUUGCUUUGCCGACUGCACGCCAUGGCCGACGUUCACCGAGCCCCCAUGCCCGACUGUGACUUCUUCUUCUUCUUCUUCCAGCUGCACGAACACGAUCAGCGUGUGUGUGGAUUAUCUCCAGACCUGCACGGGGACGUCCGGCACUGCCAUCGGGAUUCCUUACGGGGGAUGCUUUCCGGACUGCAAGCCCUGGCCGACGUUCACGCCACCGCCAUGUCCCACGAAAUAAGCAAGGGUAUAGUGUCACCGCUGCACGAUUUUCAGGCCUUUUCGAAGCGAAUAGAAAAGAAAUGGGUUAUGGACAGUCGCCGAAAACCAAUGUGAUACUUCCUGGUGAAAGAGUGUUUGCCUGGAUAGUGGGGUAGAAGCGCUAUAGGAUUUCAGCUUACGCUUGAAUGUCGAAAUGUAUUCGUCAGUAGGCCCAAGAAAUUCUGGAGACGAAGUCAUGUGACGGGAACUAGUCUCGUUCUUCUUUUCUUUUUUCCCACCUG